AUGAGCCAAUCCAAUCUUGAUAAUACCAGUGUUGGUAAUGAUGAAAUUGGAAUUGUUGUCACUGAUGUUGACAAUAAUACUAUAAAUAUUAGAUAUAGAAAUAAUGAAGGUGAUGCUCAAAAUCAUUUGACACCUCCAGCUUCUCCAUCACAACCAGGUGAUCUUGAAAGACAUCGCACUCCAUUGUCAGAAAUUGUGACAUUGGAUAGUAUCGAAGACACUCAAGCCGAUGACGAAGUUGAUUCCGACUAUACAGACUCUGAAGAUGAAGACAGAGAAGGUGCCGAUACCAUUUCCAACGAAAGAGGUGAUGUCGAGAUGCGUUCGGUCAACGAUGACGGUGAUAAAAAUAAAUUGGAAAGAAAAGAGUCGAAAAAGAUGAAUCAUCGAAGAAAUAAAUUGUCACUGCCAUGGCACACUCUAGAGUUGACUUGGGACUACGCCAAAGUUAUGUUUAUUUGCGCAAUCACUACCAUCAUUGGUGCUUUUGUAAUUUGGGCUUUCUCAAAGCCAAACUAUGUUAUUCACAACAAUGGAACUUUAAAAUAUUUCCAUCAAGAAUCGAUUGCCAUUUUGGUAUGCGGAUUCUUUGUUUCUGGUCUUACCAUUUUCACAUGCAUUCAGUUUAUUGCAAUUUACGGUUUAAAAAGAGCGAUCGAUACAAAGUUUUAUUUGUGGGCAUUGGCUGCCUUGGCACUCUUCACAGUAGUUCCAUGGGGAAUGUACGUAGGUAAAGUUUCCUAUUGGUAUUGGUUAGGCGAUGUCAUUCUUUUGAUUCUUGGAUACUGUGGACUUUGCUUUGUUAUGGGAUUCCUUGGAAAGAAGUACCAAACCACUCAAGAACGUCGUAGAAAUGCUUUGGCGUUCCUUGGAACCGAAACAUUGGUAUCAGCAACCGCACUGCUCUAUGGUAUGUUUUUCAUCCAAGUUUACACCAACUUUUCAGACUAUGCCAAAAUUGUAUGGCGUCUUGUAAUCCAUCCAAUCUACUUUGAAAUAUUCAUGAUGAUUCCAGUCCGUUUGUUGGUCACAAAACAAAUGGAAAAGAAAGGUGUUUCAAUCAUGCAUUCGCUGGCUGUUGUCCAUGCACAAGCUCAUAUUUCAACAUUGGGUCGUAUGAUGAUUUCAACCAUCAAUGAAAUCGAAUUUACAAUCAUCUCUGUGUUCCUUUUGAAUAUUGGAAAGUUAGUAUUCCGUUCAUCCGUUCAGAUUCGUGAUAAAUAUGCAUCAAGAGUUUUGGAAAAAGUAAUGGGAACUGAACACAAAGAAUCAAAAAAGUUUGUGCGUGCUGUCGGUUUAUUUACCGAGAUGAUCAUGGAGAACGCCUCCAUUCCAGCUUCAGCCUUCAUGAUGUGGUUGUUCUACGAUCGUCGUGCUCUCUUCUUCCUUCCCUAUCCAUCUGGUGGUAGUUUCACUUUUGACGCCGCAGUAAUCAAUGUUGUCAUACAAAUUGUAAUUGCCAUACCAUUCGAUAUCAUCACACUGAUCAUUAACGAACGUUACUUUGGAUUGCCAUUGGAGAGAGCAUGGAAGAAGAUGAGAGAGAAGUGGUUACCAUUCUUUGGAUUCUUGAUUUAUGGUGUUAUCACAAUGGGAAUGAUCGGUGUAUUAUGGAUGGCUUGCAGAUUGCCAAGAUUCAUCACAUGCAAAUCAGAAAAUGUUUGUGAUUUUAAUCCAACAAACUCAACCAAUUCACAAGACUCAUCAAAUUCAACAUCUGGAAGUUAA